AUGAGUUGGGGGGUGUAUUUGUUGUUGAUUUUUGUUUGUGGUUUGUUUGUGGUGUUUGUUUGGUUAUUAUGGUGUUGGGGGGGGGUGGAGUUGUAUGUUUGGGGGGGGGGGGGGGGUUUGUGUGGGGUGGUUUGUUGUGAUAGGGGAGGGGUGGUGGUAGUGGGUGAGGAGGGGGGGGAUUUUGGGGUGUGGGUUGGGAGUUUUUGA